CCCGCCUCUGGCAUAACAUCCCCGCUCCGGUUUCAGGGCGCUGCGGUGUGACCAGCAGUCCCCACACCGGACGGGCGUCGCUCCAGAGUCAGAAGUUUGGACGGGAGCGGGUGAGCAGCCAUGGACGGUCCGGGGAAAGCAGCGGUCACGCACAGCGAGGGACUGAAGGUGGACGUGAAAGCAGCAGAAGCGGACUCGGCUGGAGGCUGGGGCUCCUGCCCGAAGAGAGUGUGGGGCUCCGUGCCGCUGACGUACCGGAAUGAGCUGGAACAGCUUUUUAAGCUGGCGGGACCGGUGGUCAUUUCCCAGCUGAUGAUCUUUAUGAUCAGCUUUGUCAGCAUGGUGUUCUGCGGCCACCUGGGAAAAACUGAACUGGCCGGGGUUUCGCUGUCGAUUGCAGUGGUUAACGUCACUGGUAUUUGCAUUGGCACCGGUUUGUCAUUAACCUGUGAUACACUCAUAUCGCAGACCUAUGGGAGCGGUAACCUGAAGCGUGUGGGUGUGAUUCUACAAAGGGGGGUUCUGAUUCUGCUGCUCGCCUGUUUCCCCUGCUGGGCCGUCCUCAUCAACACUGAGCCCCUCCUGCUAGCUGUCAAACAGAGUCCAGAGGUUGCCAGACUCUCCCAGAUGUAUGUGAACAUAUUCAUGCCUGCUUUACCAGCUGCCUUUAUGUACCAGCUGCAGGGACGGUAUCUCCAAAACCAGGGCAUUAUAUGGCCUCAAGUUGUAACUGGAGCCAUCGGAAAUGUCCUGAACGCAAUAAUCAACUAUGUGUUCCUGUACCCUCUGGAUCUGGGUGUUGCUGGGUCUGCAGCAGCCAAUGCUAUCUCCCAGUAUGUACUGGCUGUGGUCUUAUAUGCCUACAUCUGCCUGAAGGGUCUCCACAAGGCUACAUGGGGAGGUUGGUCUCUGGACUGCCUCCAGGAGUGGGGGCCGUUCAUCCAGCUGGCCAUCCCCAGCAUGCUCAUGCUCUGUCUGGAGUGGUGGAUGUUCGAAGUGGGAGGAUUCCUGGCUGGGGUGAUCAGCGAGGUCGAGCUGGGAGCAAAUUCCAUCAUAUACGAGCUGGCGGUUAUUGCUUACAUGUUUCCUUUGGGAUUUUCUGCUGCUGCCAGCGUUCGUGUCGGCAACGCUCUUGGUGCAGGCAACAUUGAGCAGGCCAAGCUGUCCUGCAAGGUCCCCAUUAUCUGUGGAUUCAUAAUCUCGUGCAUAGUUGGUGGAAUUCUUGCCACCUGCAGACAUGUCAUUGGAUAUAUUUUCACCUCCGAUCAAGACAUUUUACUGAGGGUUGCAGAAGUCAUGAUCAUUUUUUGCUUUACGCACGUGUGUGAUGCUGUUGCGGGUGUUACCGGGGGCGUUCUCCGAGGGGCCGGUAAACAGCUGGUCGGUGCUCUGUGCAACCUGGUGGGCUUCUACUUUAUCGGCUUCCCCAUCGGCGUCUCCCUGAUGUUCGCAGCCAACAUGGGGAUUGUGGGGCUGUGGACGGGACUUACAGUCUGUGUGUUGAUGCAGUCCAUUUUCUUCAUCAUAUUUCUGUCCAAACUUAACUGGGAGAAGGCUGCAAAAGAGGCUCUUGUGAGGGCAGGAGUACAGGUUAAAGAAGAAAAAGAGAUGACCAAGGUGGAAAAUGCAGCCUGUAACCAGAGCCAGGUCGGUGUAGCAGAGUCUCAUCAUGAUGAAGAGGCCCACACGUACCAGGAGAUCCAUCCUCCAGAACCGAGUAAAUCCACCACCACCACGGUGGGGGACGUCCUGUCUGUGAGGCAGCUGGUUUUACGGCGAGGCCUGGUGUUGCUGGUCAUGUUCUUUAUCCUCGCUGCAGGAAUCGUGGCCUCACACUUCCUCACCAGGAUGUUGAAGUGAUCCCCUGUUAGUAAUGUCAAGCUGGCUGUCGGAUGCGUGACUUUUGGGUCUGGUGACAAAAAGUUUUGUUGAAUCUAUUUUUUUUUUUUU